AUGGGCGUGACGUUGGAGGUGAUAGACGAUGACGUGGACGGCCUGUGCGAUGACGACCUUUCCCUUGAUGCCACGGAGAUGCCGUGUGUAGAUCGGGAGAAGUACUGCGGGAAGGAUCUGAACGCCGUGAAGGCGGCCUUCGAGGACAGCAAAAGGCAAGGAGUCUACAUGGCCAAGCACCGCUAUGUCAAGCACUUCAUGACUGAGCAUGGCUGCACAGAGUUCGGGGCCCUGGGGCGAUGGAGCAAGGACAUCAACCCGAACAGCGGCAAGGAGACGGACAUGGGCGGCCCUGUGGACGAGACCACUGGUCAGGGCACCCAGCGCGUCCUGGUCCCAGUCGAGGACUUCGUGUGCUGGUUCGACGAAGCAAAAGUAUCAAACCGUUUAGAGAUGGGUGACAAAGACAAAAAAAAUCCCAAACAAGCAGACCUGCAAAAACUUGAAGCAGAACUUGGAGAGGAUCUCGACACGUGGAGCGCGAACUUGCACCAGAAUACGUCUAGAGCGAGGAUGUCCGACAACAAGUACCUAGUCAAAAUGAAAGAUGAAUAUGACGAUCAGGGCCGCUCGGACCGGGAACGUUCUCGCUCGAGGAGUGGUUCGAGGCAGGCCUCCCCGACCAAGUCGGUGACGGCGCGCUCGGCCCGCGGCUCCGCCGCCGCCGCCAGGGCGAGGGUGGUGGACUCGGGCAGGAAGAGCAGUGGAAAGGGCGCCACAGAGGGUGCCGUCCUCCAGGCCGUCUUCGACCUUGCCGUGAUGUACCCGACGCUGCACGAGUUCCAGACUAAGCAGUAUGAGACCAUGGACUUGACCAAGACUCGCAUGCAGGCGACGCAGUCGGACAACGCAGAGCAGAAGUUGCAGAAGCAGGACGGGUCUUACAGGGCCCUAUUCCCACUUCCCACGUCGGUUUCAUCGAAGAAGGGGCUUGACAACAUCGUCGAUGAGAUGGAUUCCCUCGAAGCCUACCUCACUCAACUCGUCAUGAGUUUCAAGAGGAUUACCAAACGCAUUCAGGGCGCUGUCAAGACGGAGAAAAAUAACCUGAAGCAGAACGCAGAGAAAAAGCAGAAGGACAUGGAGAUGAAGUCCAAGGGCUUCGCGAGGGCCCUCGCCAAGGCUCUGGCCAAGGCCACGUCUGGAGGCGCCGUCAAGAAGCCGUCCGAUCUUGCUGUCAACAAGGAGCUGUUUGGCGUCGACGUCGAGGAGCAUUGCACCAUCGUGCAGCCUAUGGAGUUCGACAAGGGCACGCCCAUUCCGUCCGAGUUCGACCCCUUGGAACCUCUUCUCUUCAAGGACACGAAUGCUCUCAGCGCCGACGUGACAUCCUUGAUAUCUAAGUGGCAGCAGAUGCAGGUAGGCAGCGGGAGGAAGACUGCAUGUGUGCCCCCAGACGUAGCGACCUCCGUUCUCACGUUGGUUGCGAAGGACUUCGAGGGCGUCCAACCUUCGGUCUUCGCUGGCGCCGCAGGCUUCAGCAAGGAGCUGGCGGAGAUGCUCCAGAAGGCCCACCUCUACUCCGUCAGCCAGGGCUACAGGUGGGCGGGCUCGGAGGCGGCGCACAUGCCGACGCCGCGCUGGCAGUUCAACGGCGUGCGAGAGGUUGUCAUGUGCAAGACGGAGGACUUCGCCCAGUUCGUCGCGACCCACAGCAAGGACCAGACGAGCCCCGACUACGCCUUGGCCCUCCAGUGCUUCAAGAUGAUGGGCUCCAUCAGUGAGAUCAGCAAGAGCGUCAAGUUCUACAAAGUGACCCAGUGGGAGGAACGAGGGAGGGGCGAGAGUCAGGUUACCGACCUGACGGCCAUCAAGCCCUACCUCAAGGCACUGCAGGCAAUCCCCGCGGCCGCGGCGGCGCCUGGGGGCCCUGGGGGCCCCGAGUCACAGUCUGCGGAGGAUGCUGUCGUCACCAAGGGCCAGGGCAGCCAGGGCCAGGACGAACAGGGUGCCAAGGACCACGAGAAGGAACCCGACAGGGCGGAGCUUCACAAAGGCUCAGGCUCAGACGAACAGCAGAAGAUCCCCGAGGAGAAACCCAACCCAGAGCCCGAGAAGAAGCCCUCCAGCCCCAAGAAGAACGACCUGAGCCUGAGCGAGGGCCGUGAGGCUUUUAUUGAGGCGGCCAGGGCCGAGGCGGCCAAGGCCAAGGCGGAGGCGGCCGCGGCCGCCAAGCUCGCCAGCAAAGCGCGCCUUCUCGAGGAGACCGAGUGGACGAGCAACUGCCGGGAGGUCAGCGCGGCCUCGGCCGUCUCCACGGACCUGAGGUGGGACCCGCAGCGCAGCUGCCUGCUCGUGGACGGCUGGGCGCCCCUCCGGAUGCAGUACAGGUCCGCGCAGCUCUUCGGCGCCGCGCGCCAGGGGCUGCGGGUCUGCCUCCUCAACGCCUGCAGGGACUGCGCGGCGGGCGGAGCGCCGGACGCGGCGACGGCGGACUUCGCCCAGGUGCUGAAGGAGCUCUGCAACCAGCAGGCGCACGUGCUGCACCACCCGGGCGGGGUGCCGCAGCCGCUCGCGCUCCAGGGAAAGGGCUGCGGCGGCGGUGGCGGGGGCGGCGGCGGUUGGGGCGGCUGCGGCGGCUGCGCUGGCGGCGGCUGUGGCGCCUGGCAGCAGCCUCAACAGCAGGUAGCCGCCUUCGCCGGCGCCGCCUGCGGCGGCUUCCGGGCACCGCCCGCCCGCGGCGGCUUCCUGGCGCAGCCCGCCGUGGCGCCAGGGGGCGCCUGCCCGCGCGCGACCUGGCAAAGGUAG